AUGAAUAAGACUCUGUGUGAGUCAAUUAGAUGGUAUGUCAGUCAAAUAAAGGGAUCAAAUCCUGAAGAUAUCGCUGAUGGUGAUAACUUUACGUGUGUCGAGUUUAAUGAGUCCGGAGAAUUGUUAGCUACUGGUGAUAAAGCAGGUCGUGUUACGGUUUUUAAGAAUAAUAAAGAUACUGGAUUAUAUGAUAUUUAUUGCACAUUUACGAGUCAUGAACCAGAAUUCGAUUACUUAAAAUCUCUGGAGAUCGAAGAGAAGAUUAAUUCAAUUACUUGGCUUCAAGCAUACUCUUCUGCUCAUCAUCUUCUUUCAGCUAAUGAUAAAACCAUUAAACUGUGGAGAUUAUCAGAAAGACACUAUGAAGCAUAUAAUUUUAAUAUACGUGACGAUGAGAAUGCUAGUUUAUGGGAUGAAAGCUCGGAUCGACUGAAUAUGAUCGGACCACCAAUUCCUCACAUAAUUACUCCAGAUAAACUGCGUAUUCCGAAGUUUCGUAAAUCUCGUCAUCUUACAAUCGAAGCCCGCCCACGACGUUUUUUUGCCAAUGCUCAUGCUUAUCAUAUAAAUGCGGUUUCUGUAAAUUCUGAUCAAGAAACAUUUCUUUCGGCUGACGAUUUACGCAUUAAUCUUUGGCACUUAGAUGUGACCGAUCAGUCAUUUACUAUUGUCGAUUUAAAACCGUCAAAUAUGGAGGAUUUAAGUGAAGUCAUUACUUGUUCACGGUUUCACCCUGUUCAAUGUAAUAUACUAGCCUAUUCAACUAGUCGAGGUUUGAUUCGGUUAUGCGAUAUGCGAUAUCGUGCUCUAUGUGACGAUCAUGUACUUGUGUUUGAGGAUCCAAGUCUUUCACAAAAUCUGGGAUUUUUCGCCGAUAUUAUUGCAAGUUUAUCAGAUUUUCGCUUCGGUCAUACUGGAAAUUAUCUUUUAGCCAGAGAUUAUUUAACAUUGAAAAUUUGGGAUAUGAGAAUGGGCGAUCGACCGUGUGAAAUUUAUUCAGUUCAUGAACCAUUUCGAUCACAACUUUGUAUGUUGUAUGAAAAUGAUGCUAUUUUUGAUAAAUUCUUAUGUGGAUGGUCUGAUGAUGAUAGGUAUGCAAUAACGGGAUCUUAUGGCAACCUCUUUCAUAUAUUUGACCGUCACAAUGGCUCUGAUUGGUUGUAUGACCUUGACGAUUCAAGCAAUCCUUAUAACACGAAUUCUGCAUGUAAUACUGAGAGUUACUUAUCACCUAAACGUUUUAUGUCUCCUGAUGAUCCCAUUGGAAGUCGGUUGGGUUUAUCUUCAAUUUUCGUAGCACCAUUGGAUGCUGUGGAAGCUCUCUUUCCAGAAACGACGAGUCAAACCAGUUCGCAUAGCAGCUAUAGUGAUAAUAAUGAUUGGAAUAAAUUUGACGAUAGUUCGAACACCUCAGAGGUGUCACCUGGUAGAACAAAGCUAUCUCACUGUCAAUUAGAAGAUCCCAACCCUACAGAGAAUACUCCCUCAGCACCUCUAACAGGUUCGAAGCGUCGAAAGCAAAUCCUUCCUUCUCGUGCUGAUAUUUCUACUGAUUCUCAUUGUGUUGUACAAAGUGAACACGAGAAGGCCCGUAGUUGUCACCACAAAAGUACACAUCGUCAUCACAACAAGCAUUCUCAAUGUGAUAGGAUAGAGAAAUGUGGAUACGAUGUUAGUUCUUCUUGCACAGUACCGAACUCAAAUGUCAUUGUAAAUUUACUGCCUGUCAAAAAAACGUCUAUGGAAGAAUUUCAAUCAGGGACAUCAACUGUCCCUGGAAUGCACCAGAUACACUGUCAACGUAAGAUACUUCACUUAUCCUGGCACCCGAAGAAAUUCCUUACAGUAGCUCUAUCAGGCAAUCAGAUGUUUCUUGUUUCAGGUCAGCCGACAUUUAGUGGUACAUUGCCUUCACAGAAGGAUUCGAGUCAUUGCUCUUCCUGUUUAUCUAAGUCAACUGACGAUGAGAACAACAUACCUAGUGGACAUUGUGAAACGAGAUCCACUUCUAUAAGAGACAAGGUAACUCCUAUUUUAUGCAAAAGUUCAAACGUGAAAGCUGCUAAACGUCGUCGCCGUCGUCAUCACCAAGCAGGUAGUUCAAAUUUGGUCAAUGCUUUCCCUAACUUAUCAGAUAGGAGAGAAAAUCACAUUUCUGAUAUUGAUGUUCUUCCUGUUGAUUCUGUGGUUUGUGGAAUGGAUUAUGCAACGAAUUAUGAAGCUGACCACGAAGAUAAUUAUGAUGAGCAACACACCUCUAAAGCACAACUAGAUUCUAUUAACUCUGAUCCGAACAGUGAAAGCGUCCCAUGUAUAAAUUCCUUAUUUCCAUCAUCGAGAGAAACAUUUUCAACUAAUUUGAACGAUGUUUUACAUUGA